AUGGCCAAGAAUAAUCUCACCACAGUAACCGAAUUCAUUCUCAUGGGCUUUAUGGACCACUCCAAAUUGGAAAUUCCCCUCUUCCUGGUGUUUCUGAGUUUCUACCUAGUUACCCUUCUUGGGAAUGUGGGGAUGAUUUUUUUAAUCCAAGUAGAUGUCAAACUCCACACCCCAAUGUACUUCUUCCUGAGCCACCUCUCCCUGCUGGAUGCCUGUUACACCUCAGUCAUCACCCCUCAGAUCCUAGCCACAUUGGCCACAGGCAAAACGGUCAUCUCCUAUGGCCACUGUGCUGCCCAGUUCUUUUUCUUCACCAUCUGUGCAGGUACAGAGUGCUUCCUGCUGGCAGUGAUGGCCUAUGAUCGCUAUGUUGCCAUUCACAACCCGCUGCUCUAUAUUGUGGCCAUGAAUCCCAGACUCUGCUGGAGCCUGGUAGUAGGAGCCUAUGUCUGUGGGGUGUCAGGAGCCAUGCUGCGUACCACAUGCACCUUCACCCUCUCCUUCUGUAAUGACAAUCAAAUCAACUUCUUCUUCUGUGACCUCCCCCCGCUGCUGAAGCUUGCCUGCAAUGACACAGCAAACAUCGAGAUUGUCACCAUCUUCUUCGGCAGUUUUGUGAUUUUGGCCAAUGCCUUAGUCAUCCUGAUUUCCUAUCUGCUCAUCAUCAAGACCAUUUUGAAAGUGAAGUCUUCAGGUGGUGGGGCCAAGACUUUCUCCACAUGUGCUUCCCACAUCACUGCUGUGGCCCUUUUUUUUGGGACCCUUAUCUUCAUGUAUCUGCAAAGUGGCUCAGGCAAAUCCCUGGAGGAAGAUAAGGUCUUGUCUGUCUUCUACACAGUGGUGAUCCCCAUGCUGAACCCUCUGAUCUACAGCUUAAGAAACAAAGAUGUAAAAGACGCCUUCAGAAAGGUCACUGGGAGACUCCAGGUGUCCCUGACCAUGUAG